GUGAGGAUUUGCUAACGUUUCGGCUGCCUAUUUGAGAGUAUAUAAAAACUUUUGCAUCUACGAACACACGUAAACUUUAGAGAGCUGGGCCGUAAUAACAAUACGGCGAUUCUUUCUCUCGCAUGGGCGCUGACCGAUGCAGAGGAAGGAAUCUCUGCGUCGCGGGUGCGACUACCGAGAGCACCCAAGCAAGCAAUUAUCGUUGAUAAAUGUACCGGGGGACAUUGCACAUCACAGGGGGGUGAUGCUACGACGUAGAAAGGGGGGCCAAGGCGAAUCGUGGCAUCCAUGGGACUCUCUUACUAUAUAUAGAAGAACAUUUUGGGCACUAGUACGUCAGUUGCCUCCGUUCAGGACCAACAUGAAGGUAUUCGUUUGUCUCUUAGCAGUGGUAGCUGUCUCACAAGCCGGCUACCUGAGUGGUGGCGGUGGAGGCGGUUACGGAGGCGGAGGCGGCGGCUGGAAGAGUGGUGGCGGAGGCGGUUAUGGAGGAGGCAGCAGUGGAUGGAUCAGUAGCGGAGGUGGGGGAGGCUAUGGAGGCGGCGGUGGAGGAUGGAUCAGCAGCGGGGGCGGCGGCGGAUGGAAAUCUGGAGGCGGAGGCGGUUACGGUGGAGGCGGCGGCUACGGCGGCGGUCACGGAGGCGGUGGCGGAGGCGGCCAAAUCGUAAAAAUAAUCAAAAUCCUCGUGCCUAGCGGAGGCGGCGGCGGUGGAUAUGGAGGCGGUCAUGGAGGCGGAUACGGAGGUGGCGGCGGCGGCGGAUGGAAGAGCGGUGGAGGCGGAGGCGGAUGGAAAAGCAGCGGUGGAUGGAGCAGCGGAGGCGGAGGCGGUUACGGAGGCGGCGGCGGCAGCGGAUGGAUCAGCAGCGGAGGCGGUGGCGGAUGGAAGUCAGGUGGAGGUAGCAGCGGUUGGUGGUAAAAUCGACAAAGGAAAAGAAACACCAAACCAGUCUUAAAGCGUGAUUAGAAAAUUUCUACACUCUGACUCUUGUGAUAGCACCUCUUUUGGCAGCAAACGUAUUGUAAAUAUUGUAAAAUAACUGAAUGUACAGCCCUCAUGCCUCUUUUCAACUUUACAAAUUUCUAUUUUUCUAAAUAAAAAACCUUAAAAUUA